AUGGAGGCGACGACGGAAGAAUACGAAGCAGCGGCGAUUAAUAAGCAGCGGCACGCUGCUACUGGUACACAACUUCAAAAACUCAAGGAGCUGCUAGAGGGGCUGCAGAUGCAGAUGGAGGCAUUGAGAGCUACCAUUUCGGAGGUCCUGCUGACACAUAAGGAGGAGAUGACGGGAAGGAGCAGUUGUGUUGGUAUCAUCAAUGAUUCGGGGAGCAAGCCUCAAAACCAGGUGAAGCCGGUUCACUCACUGUUAGAAGAUGUAAGACAAGAAGAGGAGGCGGGCCUGCAGCAAGACGAGGGGCCCCUGCAGGAUGCAACGGAUAGUAGGACAGCGAGCCAGAUGAAGCCACGAGAGGAUACGACGAUGGAGGAAGGGGAAGAGGGUGAAGGGAAGGAGGGGGAAGAGGGGGAAGGGAAGGAGGGGGAAGAGGGUGAAGGGAAGGAGGGGGAAGAGGGUGAAGGGAAGGAGGGGGAAGAGGGUGAAGGGAAGGAGGGGGAAGAGGGUGAAGGGAAGGAGGGGGAAGAGGGUGAAGGGAAGGAGGGGGAAGAGGGUGAAGGGAAGGAGGGGGAAGAGGGUGAAGGGAAGGAGGGGGAAGAGGGUGAAAGGAAGGAUGGGGAAGAGGGUGAAAGGAAGGAUGGGGAAGAGGGUGAAAGGAAGAAUGGGGAAGAGGGUGAAAGGAAGGAUGGGGAAGAGGGUGAAAGGAAGGAUGGGGAAGAGGGUGAAAGGAAGGAUGGGGAAGAGGGUGAAACGAAGGAUGGGGAAGAGGGUGAAACGAAGGAUGGGGAAGAGGGUGAAAGGAAGGAUGGGGAAGAGGGUGAAAGGAAGGAUGGGGAAGAGGGUGAAAGGAAGGAUGGGGUAGAGGGUGAAAGGAAGGAUGGGAAAGAGGGUGAAAGGAUGGAUGGGGAAGAGGGUGAAAGGAAGGAGGGGAAAGAGGGUAAGGGAAGAGGGUGA